UUCCGGAAAAAACAGUUCAAGUCAGCACGUGGAAGCACAAAAACACAAGUGACAUUUAAAUAAAUAACUGUUUAAUUAUUUAUUUUUUAUAAACUAUUAAUAUAAACUAUUAAUAUAUUUAAGAAAUAGAUAUAAUUAUUUAUAAUUUAAAAUAAUGGUUAAAAAACGUUCAAGAGAAAGUGAAUACGAUGAUAGUGAACAUAACCUCGUGGAAAAACGUUUAAAAGAUAGUACUCCAGUUAAUUUUGAUAAACGUUUAAUAAUUAUUUUAGAAAAUGCGCAAUUAGAAACAGCAAAGGUUGCCAAAAAAUUUGAAUUGUUACAUUCAAAACAUGAGAUUUCGCUUUUAAAAAAAUAUAACCGUGAACGUGAGACAACUAAACCGGAAAUAGUACACCAAUGUCUACUGAUGUUAUUAGACAGCCCUUUAAAUCGGCAAGGAUUUUUACAAGUGUAUAUACAUACUGAUAAAAAUGUUUUGAUUGAAGUGAAUCCCGGAACCAGGAUACCGAGAACAUUUAAACGUUUCGCUGGAGUAAUGGCGCAACUGCUUCAUAGUAAUAAAGUACGAGCAGCAGGCCAGUCAGUAGAUUUGCUGAAAGUCAUAAAAAAUCCCGUGACUGAUUAUUUGCCAGCUAAUUGUAAAAAAAUAUUAAUGUCUUGUCGCGCAAGUACAUUUAAAUAUCCCGAGGAACUUGUACCUGAUGAAGAACCAGUAGCUAUCGUCGUUGGUGCGAUAGAUCAAGGACAAGUGAAAACUGAUUACACAGACUCUACAAUCGCUAUCAAUGAUUAUUCAUCAUCUGGAGCGUAUAUUUGUGCUAGUUUAUGUUCUGCGUUUGCAAGGAAGUGGAUGUAAAAUAAAAAUUAUUAAUUAAUUAUUUAAUAAAUAUAUGAAUUUCUAAUAAUUAUAAAUAUUA